AUGAACAUUCUGGUCGUCAACGACGACGGUCCGCCGUCGCAGCACGCAUCGCCAUACGUGCACAGCCUGGUGCGCGAGCUGCAAGCGUCGGGACAUCGAGUAUCGGUGUGUCUGCCGCACACGCAGCGAUCGUGGAUCGGCAAGGCGCACAUCAUCGGGCAGACGGUAGAGCCGACGUACUACCGGCCGCCAGGGUCGAAGGCGACGCCGGCGGGCCUAGCACCAGCGGCAGGCGAGGCGGACAACGGGGGCACCGUGCAUGAGCGGCCGUGGGACGGAGGCCAAGACAAGCCGGAGGAAUGGGUGCUGGUGAACGGGACGCCGGCAUCGUGUGUGCAGAUCGGGCUGCACCACGUCUUCCGGUCGCGCGGCCCAUUCGAUCUCGUCGUCAGCGGGCCCAACUACGGCCGCAACACGACGGCAGUCUUUGCACUCAGCAGCGGCACGCUGGGCGGCGCGCUCGAGGCAGCUGCCUGCGGCGUCCGGGCGAUCGCGGUAUCGUUUGCCUUUUUCAAGCGCGACACGGACCACGAUCGUGCCGUAGUGGCCGAGGCCAGCCGUCACGCCGUGCGCGUCAUCACGGCCCUGGCGGCGGCCUGGCCGGCUGAUGGCAGUGUCGACCUCUACAGCGUCAACGUGCCGCUGGUCGCCGGCGUGGCCGGUCACAAGACCGUCUGGGCACCGGUGCUGCAGAACUAUUGGCGGCACAGCGCCUGCUUCGUGGAGGUGGCCGGUGCCAGUGCCAGUGCUAUCGACGGCGAGGCCUCGCAGGCCGAGGAGAAGCUGCGCGAGGGCGACGGCGGCGAGGCGUCGGCCAGGCCCCAGAUCGAGACCAAGACCGAAGCCAAGACCGAGACCGACGGCGACUGCAACAGCCUCCGACACAGCCUCUACAAGUGGCAGCCGCGGUUCGACGACGUGUACCAGAGCGUCGAGGAUGCACCGGCCGGCAAUGAUGGCUGGGCCGUCCGCGAGGGACUGACGAGCGUCUCUCCACUCAAGGCCAACUUCUUCCAGGCAGCCACCGAGCUGCACGGGACCGAGCUUCAGCUGGAUGCCAUUCUCCAGCCAGAGCCAAAGCCGCUCUGCGCCCUGAUCGCCUACGAGGAUCCCUACGUGCAGCCGAUCCUGCUAGACGCCGUGCGCGCGGCUGUGCCGUCGGGCUAUCGCCUGCAGCUGCUGCCAGCCAGCCAAGCGGUCGACGAGGAGCCCGCAUCGCUCGAGGCCAGCCUGGCGAUGGCCGGUGCUCUUUGUCCCGGAUCUGCGCCCCCGCCGAUCGUGCAGGUGGCCGCAUACGAGGCCGUCGAUUUUGCGUACGCGGCCGCCCAUCCGUCGUCGGUCCGGAUCAACAGCUACGUCUUCCGCAAGGCGCUCAUUCGCAAGCAUUUUCUCGCCUCCACGGUCGAACACUGGGUGGCCAAGCGGCCAACAUCGAUGCUGGCCCGCCACGUGCGGCGCACCGAGUCGUUCGAGGUCGACUACGCCGAAUUCCUCGACGACGCCCUGGUCGAGGCCUUUGACCUGCGCGCCAGCCUCGAGGCCAAUGACGGCUUGCCACCCGAUCGCCGCGCCUGGUGGAUCCUGAAGCCGAGCAUGAGCGAUCGCGGCCAGGGCAUCCGGCUGUUCAGCACCAUGGACGAGCUGCAGGCUGUCUUUGACGGCUGGGAGGGGGAGGAGAGCGACGAUGACGAUGAUGACGACGACGACGACGACGAUGGAGACGACAGUCAAGAAAACAACAACAUCACCACCUCACACCUUCGCCACUUUGUCGCCCAGCCCUACAUCCAUCCCCCGCUGCUGCUGCCAGCUACCGACGGCCGCAAGUUCCAUGUCCGCGUCUACGUCCUCUGCGUCGGCGCCCUGCAGGUCUACGUCUGCCGCGAUAUGCUGGCUCUCUUUGCCGCCGCCGCCUAUCAGCCGCCGUGGGUCGGUGCCGCGGAUGGCAGCAGCGAAGACGACGUCGACGAUGCUGACCGUCUGGCUCGCCACCUCACCAACACCUGUCUCCAGGACGAGGCUGACAAGGGCGACGCCGUCCGUCUGUUCUGGGACCUCGACUUUUCGUCUUCGUCUUCGUCUUCGUCCGCCAUCUUCGACCAGAUCUGCCGCGUCACCGGCGAGCUGUUCGAAGCUGCUGCUGUCGGCAUGCCCAUCCACUUCCAGCCGCUGCCGCACGCCUUUGAGGUCUACGGCCUCGACUUUCUCAUCGGCCUCGACCCCGACGACAACGACCGCGCGACCGCCUACCUGCUCGAGGUCAACGCCUUCCCUGACUUCCGCCAGACCGGGGCUGCCCUGCAGUCUGUCGUCGCCCAGUUCUGGUCCGACACACUACGCCUGGUCGUGCGUCGGCUCCUGGGCGACGACGACGACGACGCCGGCCGUCUCGGACUGCUCGUGCUUGUCAAGAACCUCGACCUGGGUCGGCGGUGA